AUGGACAGUGGCCGACGCUUCGACGAGUCGACAUUACCACCUCGAACGCGAUCAGCGCGACUACGAAGAAAGCAAACGUCUCCAUUGCAGGCCAAAGACCGGCAGUUGUCGUCGGAGAAGACGCGUCGGUCAGCCAGCCCUUCGAAAGCGGUCUUGGUCAACCAGAUACACGGCGAGAACCACUCGCGUGCCAACACAAUCGAUCGAUUAUCACCUCCAGACGAAGAGCAGGUCGUCAAGCAUGCCGAAGGCGCCGACAUCGAGGGCAGACGGACGAGAGGACGUCCGCCGACCCAGCCACCUCUACAAGAGACCGAUCCUGCGGCAGAGGCCCGUUUGUUAUCGCCUGUGACCGAUGGUAUGGGAAAUAAUGCUAGCAUACUGGAAGAGCCGCAAACAGAAGUUCGGCAGCUAGACGAGAACUCACUAGAGAACGGACAGGUAUCGAGAGACACUGGUCGGACUCCUCAGUCAUCAGACGAUGUGGUUCAGCAAGAGAUUGUACCUCAAGGUGAUGGAACCGUAAUCGGACGAUCGAAACGGAAUGCGGUAUCGCCAGUCACAAGUCCUGCAGAUGGAAGUCAGGAUGAAGCCCGGCCUGCAUCGAAGAGUGUCGAUAUCCCACGGCAGCCCGAUACACCAGACUCGACUCAACGACUUCCCUCGGAUGAUCCAUCGCCAAUGGACAUAGACACCGCUGUGAAGGAAAUGACCGGGCCCGACCCUUCUAGUACUGGACAGCCUACAGCGACAAACGUCACGACCGACAGCGAAUCUCAACGACCUUCCGUACGUGUCAACACAAACGGCGACCACUACUUCGCGAAGCACUUGGUGGAUCAAGCGAUGGUCGAGUCUCCAGUGCCCAUCACUGGUACUGCCGCAACACCUCGCAAAGCCCAGCCGCCCACACCUUCCGCACUUCAAGACUCGUCCAAACGAGCGACACGCAUAUCGUCGGGUGUCCUGCAGAAGAAAUCGGUCUCAGAGAUUCUCAAUGAAGCGCAACGAUCUUCAUCUGACUCGCCAGCGUCCGAGUCCCGCGAGCAGGGCAAUGUGCCCAAGGACAGAUCCAGGCUGUCUACUGUCGUGUUCGCCAAGCCUCAAAAGAACGACACUGAGGAUGCGAUAAGAAUCGACGCCAACGCGGCUGGCUCUUCUGUGGAACGUGAUUAUCUGUACACACUCUUCGAGAACAAGGCGCAUUCAAUGUCGAGAAAUGGAUCGAUGACCUAUCUGAUCAAUAAUGCGCACAAAGCAUUGUCAACAGCAGAUCACCUGGUUGAUUGGGAGCAUCAGAGUCACUGUCGAAUCCUCAAAAGGGUCUAUCAACUCCAGGAAAGAGGACGAUGGGCUCUGCGGCAACUCAAGAGAUCUGAAGAGCCUGCGAGAUCAACCUCGCACUGGGAUAUGCUGCUCGAUCACGCUAAGUGGAUGCGCGCUGACUUUCGCGAAGAGCGAAGGUGGAAAAUGACUAUUGCACGCGGUCUCGCCGAAGAAUGUGCGGAUUGGGUAAACGGCACGUCCGAAGAGCGCCAAUCGAUGCAGGUCAACGUACGACCUCCUAAGAUGUUGGAAGCCAGGGACAGUGGUGUCGAAGAUGUCCCAAUGGAAGAUGACUCAGGCCCGGCGCUGUCCUCGCAUCCGACGCCCGACUUGAUUCCAUCGAAUGAAGACGAUUCGAUGAGCGAAACGGUGCCGGACCCAACAGACAUCAACAUGACUGUCUCACCGGCUGCCAUCUUUGGUCUUGGUGCAUCGGAGUGCACAUUCCACGCCGCGAAGACACAGGCCUUGGACAAGGUAUUGAAUGAGCUGCCGCUCUAUGAGCCAGCUCCCAUUGUGCCGGAUCUAUCCAAGUCUGAUCUCGGCGCGAAGCUGGAUGCCCGGUGGAGGACGGACGUCAUCCCUGUUUCGAAGUAUGCUUACGAGAAAUUGAACGUCAAGGAAGACAUCCGACCAACCAAGAGAAGCCGCUACGAGUACGAUCUCGAGAUGUCGCCAACAAGGAAGACGAAACCAUUGUCACCUCGCGAGAAGAAUGUGGCUCUAUUCAACCCGGAGAACAAGCACAUCCGAGAUCGCAUACAUCCUGGACACGCCUUCCGCCCGCCUUCCGGGGACCCAAUGCCAACGCAGGAGUUCUUCCAGACUCGAAGUUCGUCCCAGUGGACCACAGCCGAGGACGACGAACUCAAGAAGCUUGUCAAGGAUUACUCUUACAACUUCUCGCUGAUUUCAAGCUGCCUCACGACCAGAAGCUUAUAUGUAGCCGGACCCGAUAGAAGAACUCCAUGGGAGUGCUUCGAGCGGUGGAUCGGCCUAGAAGGUCUGCCCGCCGACAUGGCAAAGACGACAUACUUCAGGACGUAUUCUGGCAGGAUCGAAGCUGCAGGCAAGCAUGUGCAAGCGCAAAUCGAAGAGUUGCAGCGCAAAGCUCCCAACAACCCGCCAGUCCCGCCAAGGAAAAAGACAACACAGCCCGUUAGAGUUGAGCGGAAGCGAAAUCAGCGACAUCUCGCCAUGCUGGAUGCUAUGCGGAAACUCUACAGGAAGCGCGAAAACGCUGCUCAGAAGCAGCAGCACAACGCUGAAAUGUCAGCUAUCCGCAAAGCAAGCAGCACAGAGGUCAACAGGCCGCAGGUGCCUUUUACGCGUCCCGCUCAGUUCGCACAACUGCGGCACGAACGCGAUCAAAAGCGUGCUGAACAGCAGGAGAUGUACAAAGCACAGCUGAUGGCACAUCAACGUGCAGCUCAGCAACGUGGCAAUCUUGGUGCGAACGGCCUGCCCAAUGGUAUGCCCAUGGCGCCAAACGGGAUGCGCGGUGCUUCUGGCGGCGUUCCUGGAAUGCCGAACGGGGCCAACAUGCAGGUUCCGAACGGCGGUCGUCCUCAUCCCUCGAUGAUAGCCGCCAUGAACGGUAUGCAGAUGCCGCCGGGCAUGAUGGGCUCCAAUAACAAACAGGUCCAGAUGCAAAUGCAAAUGGCCGCUGCUGCUGCACGAGGCAUGCCCACAUCGCCUGAGCAGGUCCGCAUGAUGCAGCAGGCUGCCAAGCUGCAACAACAACAGCAUGCACUUGCGAUGCAGAAUCAGCAGACCAAUGGUGGCCAGCAAUCUUCUCCCAACGGCGUCACUGCUUCGCUGGCGAACGGCAAUAUGCUCAACGGCGCCGCCUCCCCUUCCACAAAUGUGAAUGGUGUGGGGGCGACAUCUCAAACCUCUCCGCGCUCCGGCCAGCAAGCAACUGGUCCGCUCUCUUCAGGACACAUCCCUGCCGUCACUCAAAUAGCCAACAAGCUACCGAUCGGCGCAAUGAACGCGGGCGCACACGCGAGCAACAACGCUAUGGGUAACCCAGGGUUUCCUCAGGGGCAGAGCAUGCCGCAGUUGACGCCAGAGCAGAUACAGCAGUACCAAGCGCAGCGCAUGCGAGUGCUGGCAGCUCAGCAGGCGCAACAACAGCAGCAAGCCAACGGUGCGGCACCGCGACAGGCUCAGCAGGGCAUGAAUAUGGGCUUACAGGCACCAGCAAUGAUGAAUGCGCAGCAGGGUGGCAUGCCGGCAGGCAGUCCGGUGAUGAACAUGGCCCGACCAGUCAGCCAAGGCCAACUCUCUGCUGCGACCGCACAACAGCAACAGAUGAGUCGUAGUGUGACUCCCAGCGGUCACACUGCAAGAAGCGGCAGCAUCGGCGCUGUUCCUGGCGGCAUGGGCAGCCCAGCGCAAGUGCCCGGACAGAUGGCAACUCGACCUACGAGCAGUAGGGGACAGCAGCAGAACUUGGCUGUGCCCGGACCACAACAGAUGACCAGUCCUAGCCUGGGCGUUGCCGGACCAGCGACACCGCAGAUGCAGCAGCAGUCAAUGGUGCCGCAGGUUGCUCAGGCAGGAGGCGAUGGGGGCUCAUAG